UCCCACUCCAACCCAUCCUCAUCAUGGCCAAACUCCUCAAGAAGCCUCUGAAGCUCGCCCUCGUUCAGCUGGCCACCGGAUCCGACAAAUCCGCCAACCUCGCCCGAGCCCGAUCAAAAGUCCUCGAAGCGACCUCCAAUGGCGCUAACAUUGUCGUUCUCCCCGAAUGCUUCAACUCGCCAUACGGCACCAAAUACUUUCCCAAAUACGCCGAGACUCUCCUCCCUUCCCCUCCCACUCGCGAACAAUCACCCUCCUUCCAUGCCCUCUCCGAACUCGCCAAGGAAUCCAAAGCCUAUCUCGUGGGAGGCAGCAUCCCCGAGUACUGGGAAGAGACGAAGAAGCACUACAAUACCUCCCUCAUCUUCGAUCCGAACGGCAAGCUCCUCGCUACACAUCGCAAAGUGCACCUCUUCGACAUCGACAUCCCCGGCAAGAUCUCGUUCCACGAAAGUGAGGUCCUUUCACCUGGAAACAAAGUCACCAUGGUCGACCUUCCCGAAUAUGGCAAGAUAGCAGUCGCAAUCUGCUAUGACAUUCGCUUUCCCGAGCUCGCGACAAUCCCGGCAAGAAAGGGAGCCUUUCUCCUCCUGUACCCUGGAGCGUUCAACCUGACGACGGGUGAGAUGCACUGGGAGCUGCAGGGCCGGGCGAGGGCAAUGGACAAUCAGAUCUACGUCGGACUGUGUAGUCCAGCGAGAGAUAUGGAGGCGGAUUACAAUGCGUGGGGACACUCGUUGGUGGUCAAUCCCAAUGCUUCUGUGCAGAGCCAGGCGGAUGAGAAGGAGGGGAUUGUGUAUGCCGAUCUGGAUAAUGAGACUUUGGUGGAGAGUCGGAAGGGGAUCCCGAUUGAGACACAGAGACGGUUUGAUGUCUACCCGGAUGUCAGUGCUGGUAACGUGCGGUAUGAGGAGUAG